GUGAAGCAGCAGUGCUAGCCACUGUGUCUGUGAACAUGGUGUACUGUGUAAUUGGCCUGAUGACAGUGGGCUUUGUUGCUAUUCACCUCUUGGAUUCUUCUUGGUUGAAAGCCAACGUUAUGAAUAAAUUUGUCAAGAACUCCGUUCCUUCUCCAAGGAAAGUGAAUGCCUCCAAAGAACUCUACCACAGACAAUCGAUCAACCUGACUGAUGGGAACACCACUUACCACAUGGACUUGAACCGCUAUCGGAAGGAGUACGGCUACAUGCAAGAGUACAGUUGUGACGUUAAGAUUAGCCACCCUGAAAUGUGCUCUGCACCGGAGAACAGCUCGUUCCUGUUAAUCGCGACCAACUCUCAUCCGAAUUCGUUCAGUAGGAGGUUAGCGUUGAGAAGAGCCUACGCCAAGCGGCAACAAAUUAAGAACUACCUGGUCGUCACGGUUUUUAUGUUAGCCAUGUCCCGCAAUGACAAAUUGAUGGAGCUCAUAGCUUACGAGUCCCGUUAUUAUGGGGACAUCAUUGUGUGGGAUUUUGAAGAGCAUCGCGCCAAUUUAACCCUGAAGAUAAGCUGCCUCCUGCAAUGGCUGAAUGAGGAGUGCACGGCGGCAGACUUUUUCGUGAAAGCUGACGACGAUGAAUUUGUCAACCCUGAGGCGAUUGUGAACUACAUCACAACUGACAACACCUCACAGAAAGUUAUUUCUGGUUACAUCUAUAAACGAAACAUGGUCUACCGAUUUGGCAACAACAAAGUGAGCCAAUAUCUUUUGGUCAAUGACAUCUACCCAGACUUCCCAGCUGGUGGAGGAUACAUGGUGCCGAGAUCAUUCAUACCAGAGCUGAACUGGAAAUCCAAGACUUUACCUGCUUUCCCUGUUGACGACGUUUUCAUGGGAUUUCUGGCUCUUUCUAGCAAGAUCCCACUGAAACACAAGAAAGAGUUUUAUAUGUGGGGACUCAAGUACUCAGUGCAGCAUUUUAAGGAUGCAUUUAUUGUACAUUCAUUAUCUUCAGAAAAGAUUAUAGAAAUGUGGGAAAUGUUGCACAAUGAAAAACAGAAAGAUUAAUUGCAUAAAGGUCUUAAUUACUUGGGUGAGUGGGCAAGCUUUAUUUUCAGAUACGAUUUGGUGUCCCCAAUACUCUCCAGGACUGCUAAUUAAAUCCAGAUAAUAGGUAACAUGGCGAGACAUCAUAUUGUUUGAUGCUAUUCAUCUUUAACUUUCUUAUGCUAAUUUUGCUUUGUUGUAAGAAAAGAAAUAUUGCAGUUGGUGUCUGGGGGUUGAGAAUAGGUGGUUAGCUAACUGUGUAAGGUCAGUCCAAUGGGUUUUCCAGUGAAAGAGCGGAAGGGGGAAAUGGUGAGGUUGGAUGUGAUUGGAGAUGUGGGUCAAUUGAUUGGAACUGGGAUUUCAUACAAUCGGAGGCUCCAGGAACAGAUGGAAGCAGAGUCGGCAACCCUCCAGCUAGACACAAUCCAUUUGCCAGGAGAUGAAUUACAACUACAACUUUCUUUCAUAUCUUGUCUCUGAUCUAGCAAAAUUUCCCACGGUACUUCACUGGAGUGAUUAUCAAAUAAAGUUUGACUUGGAGCUAAGUGAGGAGAUAUUAGGACUGAUAAGCAAAAAACUUGGUCAACCAACAAGCUAUCAGGCAGUCUAUAAUGUGGAAAGGUUUAGGGAGAGACUUCUAGAGCUAAGAGCUAACUAAAGGUGGGGGAACACAUUGGUAGCGUGAAGAGAAUUGGUAAGUGUGCAAGAGUCCAGUGUUUGAGGAGCACAGAGAUAUGUGAGUAUGAGUAUUGACUUCUUGGCCUGAUGUUGUUUCUGCACUCUCUACAUUUUGUGCUUCUAUACAACUGGCAAUGUCCAAUAACGAGACUGAGUCACCACAGUUAGCCAGCAUUGUGGUGAUUUAAUCGGUGGAUAUCGAGAUAUCCAGAUGUUCCCAAAUCCUGGAUCAGACCACAAACGGUUAAUCCUCGUACAACAGUGGGUUUUUAAAUCUCAGUGCUGCUAAUUACUGUUAUAGAACUGAGAGAAGUCAAAGAGUAAUUGACCCAUUGUUUCAUUUUAAAGAAAUAUUUAAGGAUCUUGAGCCUCCGAAGUGUUUUAACUUAAAACCAUUUUGAUUAUUCUGAGUUCAAGAUUUACUGCUUUCUUAGUUGAAACUUUAUUGCUGGAACAGCACAGCAGGUCAGGCAGCAUCCAGGGAACAGGAGAUUCGACGUUUCGGG